AUGGACCAGUCCACGAUUGCGCCAUCGGCAUCUCCAGAGGUGGCUGUAGCAGACCCUGCAAUCGCGGAAGACGUGACUGUAGCGCACGCAGCCACCAACGGCCCAGACUGGAGUGACUCGGCUGACAAUCACUCGCAGGACGACGACUUUGUGCCGCCGCCGCAAGGCCCGUCGCUCUCGUAUGAACGCAAGAUCCGCCUGCAUAAGUACGCGGAAAACCGCGCCCGCUCGUGUUUGGGGCUGCUAGCUGAAUCGAGCAACGCGCUGUGGAAAGUGCACGAGUGCAAGAACGACAUCGGUGUGUAUAAGCCCAGCUCCGACUGGUCCGAGUCCGUGUCGGCCAAGGCCGUGGUCUUUGCCAAUGCAGUGUUUCCCAACGUGCUCAAGACGAUCUACGAUCUUAAGACGUCGGAUAAGUUUAAGCUCUUUAUGCGCAAGGUGUUGGGUGAUAUGUUCCUGGAUGCAGAAGUGCUAGAAGACCUCAAUGGCACGGGCGUCUACCCGAGUGCAAACCCACCGAGAGAUGCCCGGGAGAUGUACAAACAGGCGGCAAUCAAGUGGUGGGCCAUUAAGUCAGGUUCCUUGGCCAGUAAAUCCUUGGACUUCUACGUGCUGGAGUACAUCGGCAUCGAAACUUCGGGAGGGGACAUUGUUGCGUGUUAUCUCUUCCAGGAGUCGCUUGCAGAAGUAGGCGGUAUGCCACACAGACAAGGUAAUAAUCUGGAACGCUCCCAAUUUGAUACACUGAUCUGCAAGUUUGAGCGUACGUCGUCACCGGACUACAAGGAUGACUUUGUCACGAUUUCCAUCGCGUUCCAGCGACCUCCACCUGUGGUGAGCCUAUUUCGCAGUAACCCUGCAGUAGAGAUGGCCACGCAACUUGCCCGCGGUUUACGUGACUUGCUGGAGGAUCCACCCGAGCUCCAAGAAAUAUCUGUCGUAAAGACGUCCGCUUGGGUGAAAGACAAAGAACGUCGUUUUUGUGUGCUUUGCAAUCGGCGCUUUUCGCCGAUAUUCCGUCGACGUCAUCACUGCCGUACGUGCGGGGAAGUGAUAUGUUGGUCAUGCAGCAGCACUAUCCGCGUACCCUCGAUUAGUUUCACACACAACGAGACAGGUAAGCAGGUAUUGUCCCGCCACCAACCAAGCAUUCGCGUGUGCAGUAAGUGUGUAGUAUCGCAACACCGGUCAAAGAGCGGAAGGGAGCUAAAUAAUCAAGAGGAUUUUAAGGAUUGGAUUCAACGGAGUACCGAUCAGCAGCAACUUGCCACGGGUGGCGAGGUAGGGAAUGCUCAGCAACUUCGUUUGCCGAGCCCUUCGCACUCGCAGGAUUUGUCGGGAGAACUGGACAAAGCUGCACGUGGUGAACCGAAGCAAGUUGUCGUUGCCAAGGAGGAGCGAAUGCCCCGUAAGUAUCGACGUGUCAGCUUGGAUAAUGAAGAGGAGGAAAAGGAAGAUGGAAACAGCCGCCCUCACCAGUAUCGUGAGCUUCCGGAUACCCCUUCCGAUAGGGAGCGACGAGAUUCGAAUCUGCGUACAUCAAGAAAGGUUUCUGGAGGAAAGCAGCGGCAGAGUAACACGCAGCUGCCUCAGCGCCAUAGCUACGGCGAACAGGCGGCUCGGUCAUCGAAGCAUAUGCGUCGGGUACGUCGAUCGCACUCCGAAGUUAGUAUUGGGCCUGUGAUGGCUCAUGGUCGAGAUAAGCUUGUAAAUGCGACCGAGGCUAUUAGCAACCAGAAAGCAUCAAGUAGAGGGCAUCCGAGCAAAGCCGAUCGUCGUGGUCCUUCACCAGGCCCUGCGCGGCUACUGGAUUCAUCAAACCGAGGUAACCAGAAUGAAGCUGACAAGCGAUCAGGCUCCAAGGAGAAACUUCCAGUGCAAAACAGCAGCAGCUACGUCCAUGCCGCUUCAGCUUGGGCUACAAACAAGACAGCCGUUCUUGCCAUGACCGGGGCGUUUCAGGAAUUGAUGACAAAACUUGGAGGUGAUGUCCAUUUCGUGGUUGUCGGAUUCUCCACUGGAUUUAGCGCUGAAGUAAUCGUCAACUUGCUUCGCCAAUUAGCCCCCGGGGUACCGUACAUUGGCGGUACAAUCGCGCGCGGCAUAUGUGACGAAAAUGCUUGGGUGUCUGUCAACCGACACAACGACGAAGGUCUUGUCACGUUAUGGGGUGUCAAUGAUCCCCAUGGAAUUUAUUCGGUCGUUCACGCAGAGUAUUCGCAGAGCGAUGCACACGAAAAGACGUAUACUGCAGCUAGAACUGCUUUUGCCCGUGUGGCAACUGAUAUCGACGCUGGUGAAAAGCCGGCGUUCAUCGUAACCUACGCGUGUCCGCUCUUCGUGGAGCAUGCAGUUGACGGAAUUCGUGAGGCUAUUCCCUGCCCGAUCAUUGGUGGCUGUUCGUCAGACGCUACUCGGCAAGGAGAAGGCGAGGCAUCGGUGUCGUGGAUACAAAUAAGCAGUAGCAGCAGCUCUGACAACACAAAGAGCGUUCAUGAUGGUCGAGGAGACUGGACCGAGAUGGGAAUCGCGUUUGCGCUGUGUUUUCCUAGCGUCGAGACCUAUGUAAGCUGGUUCAGCGGAUACAGCCCUGUUGGAGUGAACAGCGAAUACUGCAUGGGCACUGUGACAAAGGCGUCCAACAAGACGAUAUUUGAAAUUGACUGCAAGCCAGCCGCAGAGGUCUAUCAAGAGUGGCUCGACGUGGCAUCCGACAAGAGCCAGACGGAGCUUUCCUCGAUUGGGUUUCCCCGACUAGGCAGUCUGCAUCCACUGGGCACCACGAUUGACUUCGUUUCGAAUCAAAUGGAGAUCGACCGCAGUAUUGACGCCCACUCCUCCUCCUCGUUGUGCUCAAUGCAGUCAAGUGACUGGUCCAAGCUGAUCAACAUGACAGCAGUGAUCACCGGCAUCAACGAGGACGGCUCACUGAGCGCUACCAGCUCCGUCGCUUGCGGCACGAACGUUGUUCUUAUGGAAACAUCUGCUCAGUCGUUGAAGACCGCCAUCAACAAGAUGGGGGCGCAAGCCGUGGAAAGCAACAAGUUUUACAUCCACGAGACGAUCGGCUGCCUCAUGUUCCUGUCAGCUGGAGUGCAGGCACUGUUGGGCCACAAGAGCAUGGCUGAGAUGGUUGGUGCGUAUAAGGACUGGUCAGGCGGAGCCUCGCUGAUGGGCAUGACAACGUUCGGUGAGAUCGGUCACCUGCCCAACUCGAACGACUUGCCUCACUACGACUCGCUCAUGUUUGGCGCCAUUAUCUUCUCGAAGCGCAAACGAAAAGAGUAUCUCCACUUUUGA